AUGGAUGCGUUUAGAAGACAAGCGAGUAAGCUCAGAGAUCAAGUGGCUAAGCAACAAUUGGCUGUGAUAAAGCAAUUCAGUGGGACUGGUUACGAAAGCUCAGAUGUAAUGGUGAUUGAUGAGCUUGAAAUGCAAAGGCAUCACCAACUCGAUAAGCUUUACCGCUAUACUCGCUCCGCUAAGGAGUUCCAGAGAGAGAUAGUUAAAGCAGCUGAGGCAUUUACCACCAUUGGGCUCAGACACAUUGAAGCAGGAACCAAGUUGGCUGAAGACUGCAGUAGAUAUGGAACCGAGAACAGUCAGAGCAUGGAUGAGAAUAUUCUAGCCAAGGCUGCAGCUAUAUACGGCGAUGCUCGGAAACAUGUUGAGAAAGAACAAGAAGACUUUAACAAGCUUCUGUCUUCUCAGGUGUUGGAUCCACUUAGAGCUAUGGUUGCUGGUUCUCCUCUUGAAGAUGCUCGUCAUUUAGCUCAACGUUACAGUCGCAUGAGACAAGAAGCAGAGACGCAUGCAACGGAAGUGUCUAGAAGGCAAGCGCGUGUGAGAGAAGCUCCGAUUCCGGAAAACGUGGCGAAGCUUCAGCUAGCGGAAGCGAAGAUGCAAGAGCUAAAAGCGAACAUGGCGGUUUUAGGUAAAGAAGCAACCGCUGCAUUGGCUGCUGUUGAAUCACAGCAGCAUAGACUUACUUUCCAGAGGCUUGUGGCUAUGGUCGAAGGGGAGAAGAAUUAUCACUUAAGAAUAGCUGCCGUACUCAGUGACAUUGAAGCUGAGAUGGUAACCGAGAAACAACACAAAGAGUCUGCUCCUCCUGCGAUUCCAACAGAGAACAGCUCAGAGAAAACAUCAUACUUCCUAGCUGAAGUGAUUCAUCCGUUUUCCGCUGCUUCAGAGAAAGAAUUAGAGUUGGAAAAAGGAGAUUACGUCGUUGUCCGAAAGGUGAGCCCAACUGGUUGGGCUGAAGGAGAAUGCAAAGGCAAAGCUGGUUGGUUUCCUAUGGCUUACAUUGAGAAGCGACAAAGACUUCCCACUAACAACUUCGCUGCUGAAGUUUACUGA